GGCCGUUAUCCCGCGCGUGGCGGCGGCGCGGGGAGCGGGGUUGCGCGGCGGGACCCGGCCCGGCGGUGGGCGAGGUGACCUCCUGCCCGGCCCGGCCCGGCCCGGCCCGGCCCGGCGAUAUUUUUUUUCCUGAAAAAGAAGCUGCAAUGGAGAGUGCAACAUCAGUCGCUUUCCUUGUGUCAUUUUCCAUACUACUGUGUGAAUGCUACCAUGGGUUGGAGACAGCUACUGUUGUGCAUACAUCAGAGAGAACUUUUCCAGAAAAGGCAGCUUGUGUUAAUAUUGACUUGGCAGGAUUAAUACAGAAGUUUCACCUCCAAGAACUUUUCCAUCGUUAUGGAGAAAACAACUCGCUGUCAGUUGAUGGGUUUAGAAAACUGCUCCAGAACAUAGGUAUAGACAAAAUGAAACGGAUCAAAAUAGACCAUGAUCAUGACCACGAUCAUCACCUUCAUCAUCAUGUUUCUUUGAGUAAAAACACUGAGAAGACUCUUUGUCCAAAUCAUGAAUCUGAGGCUAGCAAAGACCACAGGAGCAGUCGCUCGAAGGAGCCUCAUAAGGUAGAGAAUGUGGAACAUCAGCAGAACUUUGUACGCAGCAAGAACACGGCUAAUGAAAUCAUCACUGCUCCCACAGAUGGCCACUCUGAGUUGCAGAGUGUGCAGCCCGGGGAAGCCAAGCUGGUUGCCCGUGUAGGUCAGACCAGCUCUAAUGGCAUUAAUGCCACAGGUGGCAACAAUGCAAGCUGGCCUGUCAGCAGCAAAGCCAAUGAGUCUCGUGCUUCUCCCAAGGAAUCAGAAAGAGGAAGUUACCUGUAUUCUAAACUGAAAAAGCAAAAUACCCAGGAGUGCUCCAGUGCAUCAAAACUGAUGCAGUCUCAUGGAAUAGGCACUCAAGUAUUGUUGACUCCUACUGAGUUCAGUUACCUCUGUCCAGCUCUUAUUAAUCAGAUUGAUGGCAAAUCCUGCAUAGUCCAUGCAACUAGUGAAAAAGCUGAACAUCCUUCAGACAGUUACUCUCUGCGAAUAGCUUGGAUUGGAGGUUUUAUAUCCAUCUCUGUCAUCAGCUUUCUUUCCUUACUGGGUGUUAUAUUGGUACCUCUGAUGAAUCGUGUAUUUUUCAAAUUUCUUCUAAGUUUUCUUGUGGCAUUGGCUGUGGGAACUUUGAGUGGAGAUGCGUUCUUGCAUCUCCUUCCACAUUCUCAUGGAAACCAUCACCACGAAAAACCUCUGGUUGAACAAAAUAAAGGCUCUAUGUUCAAAAAUCUCAUUUUUCAAAGCACAGAGGAGAGUGAUUACCUGGAUUCUACAUGGAAGGGACUUACAGCACUUGGAGGCUUGUAUUUCAUGUUUCUAGUGGAGCAUUUGAUCACUUUAAUAAAGCAGUUUAAAGACAAGAAGAAAAAGAAAAAAAAUGAAGAUGAUGGAGAAAGUAAGAAGUUCUCAGCAAAUGAAGAAAAGUUAGAUGCAGACGAUCGGCCUGAGGGCUAUCUAGGGACAGACUCUCAAGAUCCAUCGCCCUUCAUUUCUCAGCAGCCAAUUGUACAAGAAGAGGAGGAAGUGAUGAUAGCUCAUUCUCAUCUAGAGGAGGUUGACAAUGAGUACACUUCCAGGGGCUGUAGAAACAAAUGUCAUUCUCACUUACACGAUACUCUAGGACAGACAGAUCAUCUUAGUCAUCAUCACCACGACUACCAUCAUAUUCUGCAUCAUCAUCAUCAUCAGAACCAUCAUCCCCACAGUCACAGUCAACGCUACUCACUUGAGGAACUGAAGGAUGCUGGGAUAGCAACUCUGGCAUGGAUGGUGAUUAUGGGAGAUGGACUACACAAUUUUAGUGAUGGCCUAGCAAUUGGAGCAGCCUUUACUGAAGGGUUAUCUAGUGGUUUAAGCACUUCUGUGGCUGUAUUUUGCCAUGAAUUACCUCAUGAGCUAGGAGAUUUUGCUGUACUUCUAAAAGCUGGUAUGACUGUCAAGCAAGCUGUGCUUUAUAAUGCUCUGUCAGCUAUGCUGGCCUACCUUGGAAUGAUGACCGGGAUCCUUAUCGGCCAUUAUGCAGACAACGUUUCAAUGUGGAUAUUUGCACUUACUGCUGGCUUGUUCAUGUAUGUGGCUCUUGUGGAUAUGGUGCCUGAAAUGCUCCACAAUGAUGCCAGUGAUCAUGGAUGUAGCCGUUGGGGGUACUUCCUGUUACAGAAUGCUGGAAUUCUCUUGGGUUUUGGGAUAAUGCUGCUUAUCUCUGUAUUCGAACAUAAGAUUGUGUUCAGCAUAAAUCUAUAAUCCUGGUUGCCAGGCAGAGCUUGGUGUUAAAUUAUAAGUGGUAGGUUAGUUUUUUUUCUACUAAAUUCCCUAAAGGAGAGGUACGUUUGGUACAGACUAGGUGUUUUUAUUGGUGUGCUUUGUUGUGUCCCUCCCUCGCUUCUCCCCCAGUUAGAAAUGAACACUAGGGUUUUUUUUCACUUAGGAUUUAGCAUUGCAUAUGGUACUGUGGAAAGUUGUACUUAGUAAAACGUGGUGAAAGUGCCAAAUCUAUUAAAGCAGUAUUGUUUGGGAAGUUAGGGUUGGUUUUUUAGUAAAUUUAUUUACUGUAUGUAAUUAUUUGUAAUUUUUUUUUUACUUCAGUGGUUUUGUUGGCUUGAAGAAAUCAAAGGGCGGUGGUUUUUAUUUUAGCACAAUCAAAACCAGUGGAUACAGAGCACUGUGAGCAGUUUAAAACAAGAAAAUGACAUGUAAUUUGUAGUAUUUGUUUCUGUUGGUAGAAACUCAAUCUCUUCUAUGUCGACCUGGUUUACAUGGAGUGGCAAAUCAGUACACUCCAUUUUUGUGGUGGUUCCACUCAGUAGCUUGUGGAUUCUUUGUGUCUUAUUCCAGUUGGUUUCUACUCCAAACAAAUUCUCAUGAAGUCCUAUUUCAAGUGUGUGCACCAAGUGUUUUACCUGUUUCAUUUCUCAAAUUGGCAACAAAAGUACAGCUAUUAGAUUGUAAAAGCAUAGUUCUAGCUCUGCUGUAUCUGCUGCAUCCAUCCCACUUAUGCUGCCUGAACUGGCAAAGAUGUU